UUUUUGAUUUCUCCAGAGCAUUUUACUUUGUUCAGGUCUGGCUGGCCAAACCCUGAUUUGUCUCUGGAUCAAUGACUGGAUCCAGAGAGACAAUGGAUCAAUGACCGGACCAUCUGGAUCAAUGACUACCUGACAAACAGACCAUAGUUUGUAAGACUAAAUUGCUGUCUAGAGGCAGAUGGUCAGCAGCACAGGAGCACCAAAGGGGCAUGUUCUUUCAUCAUUUCAUUUCUCUCUCUACACUUCAAAACAGAACAAGUCAGAGUCAUUUUAUAUGUAUUUUUAUACUCAGAUGGUUCUGCAGGCUGGUUCACUGCUUUGUGACAUGGUGUUGUAGCAAUCAUCUCAUUUUCAAUUUAAACAAAAACAGAGGAGAUGAUUGUAGAUUUCAAAACAAACAAGGUUUAGUAAAACACACUUUCCAUCAUGGGAGAAAAGGGGGAGGUGAUGAAGGAGCAUAAAUACUUCAGUGUUCACCUGGACAACAGACUGGACCGGAGAGUCAACAUCAUGUCUACAAGAUGGGACAGAGCAGACUGGACACUUUGACUAAACUUGGAUCUUUCAAAGUUUGCAGCAAGCUGUUGCAGAUUUCUGUAGGUCUGUUGUGGGGAGUGUAAUCUCUUCUGCUAUCAUGUGUUGGGGCAGCAGCAUCAGAUCGGGCAUUUUACAAAACCAAAACAGAGUGAUGAACAAGGCUGGUUCUGUUCAGUGGACUGCUGUGGAACCUCUGGAAGUAAUGGUGGAGAUGAAGGAUUGUCCCAAAAAAAUCACAAUAUUUAUGGACAGCCCUGCACAUCCUCUUCAUGAGACUGCUUUAGAAUGACAGGUUGCCAUACUACUGUUAGUAUUGGAACAAUAAUCAAAAUGGUUUGUUAGCUUAACGAUGGUAUUUAAAUAAUUUUAUUUGUUUAAAUUGAAGCUAAAAUUUGGUCAAGAGAAACACAAGCCUUCUGAUGUGAAGAGAACUGUUCACCACUCCCCUUUCUAAUAAAUCCCCCUGCAUAAGAAGCGGCCAAACUGAGACAUGGUUGUACGCAGAAUGGAGAACUUCAUGCAGAUAACAGUUAUACUUCUCUGCAGCCACAGUAAGUAUGAUAUUAAAUCAUCUUCAACAUGGACUCCAUUUAAACUGUGUUCUUUAACUUUAUCAGUCUUCCAUUCUUGCUUAUUUACUUUUGUCAUCUUAGAGUUGAAUCUGUUUGUUUCAGGUUGGAUCUGUGAGUCUCUAACUGUGGACGUCCAUCCUGGUGAGGACAUCACUCUGUUCUGCUCCAACAUUUCUCCAUCUCCAACCCAGACAGACUGGUUCAGAGUGGUUCAUGGAACCAAACCCAGCUGCAUCUCCUCCAUGUACGGUGCUGAAGGCGAACCUUCAUACUGCGAUGGAUUCCACCGUGAAAAAUUUAUCAUGAGUUCCAACAAGACAGUUUUCUUUCUUCAAAUCAAACAAGUGGACCUGAUGGACUCUGGGUUGUAUUUCUGUGGAUUUUAUGUAAAGAAACAUACAGUUAUUGGCAGAGCAACAGAGUUAACCAUUAAAGCUAACAGAGACUCCAAAGACGAGGGGGAUUCUGAUAAUACAAAAGAAGCGGAGCAACUGAUGGACCUGAUGCCUGGGAUUUUAGGUUCUCUGAUUGCUCUUCUCUUUGUAGCAGUCGUUGUUCUGGCUGUUAAAAACAGGAGACUUGAGAGAGCUUCAAGGCUGCAGAAAGAAAGAAACGAGAAUGUGGAUCCAGACGAUUUGAACUAUGCAGCUCUGAGUUUCCAAGCAAAGGCCAAAAAGAGCCACAGGUCUGGACCUCAGAGGGACCUGGAGCCACAUGUUGUGUACGCUGCCACCCGAUAGACUCAGGAAGCAACAGGAACUGCAACGGAAAAUGAAACUCAGAUUGUAUCACAUUAAUUUACUGAUCUUUUGAACCCUUCAAUGCAUCUGCAUGCAACACGAGUGCAUAGUAAAAAUAAAGAAAGAAUUAUAA